AUGAAUUUCGCUGGUCAGCAGCCAUGUUUGGGAUGUCAAUCGCUGGAGAAUGGAUUCCAUUUGAUCGGAGAGUGGUUGAGAAAGGCAUUUGGAUACGAAGCAGAGCGAAGAAGGUGAGGUUUUUACCUCUUAUUACCAUUUUCUCAAGAAAACAACGAGAUUCUGAUUACGAAGCGUCAAAAGCGACUGUUUACCCAAUUUUUACAUUGCUUUCUCACAAUUAUUAUGCAUUUUGUGGAGGAAUGUCCACAAUUUCGUGGAUAUUGUAACGAUUAUUUAUGCAUGACGAUGUAUAAUAUUAGAUACAACAGGAGAAGAUUAAUAUUCUCAUUCCCAGACAUAAUUACAGCUCGAUUCCCUCCGAUAUGGACGAGAUCUGGUCGAAUCGUAUGGAUGACGUCAAGACCCCACCGGCAGAUUCUCCACCAAAUUUCGAAUACAAAAGUCCAAAAACGGAUCAAAAAUUGGAUGUGAAAGAUUUGAGUCCUACAAUUAUCAAAAACAUCUCCCCUCGUCAAGCUCAUAACAAAAACGAAAAUAUAGUUUUAGUAAGGAACUUUUUUGUGAGAUAGAUGUUUUUUCAGUGA